GAAGAAAUAAAUGAUGUCGUUAAAGAAGAAUUAACGAAACUUAUAGGACAUAUUACGAAUGAAGAUAAAUGGAAAGACGUUGCCGCACUGUGCGGCAACGUCAGUUCUUCGACGUCAAACGAUACACCAGGAGAAGAAAAGGCAAAGCAAAAAGCUUGUAAGCUUUUUGCUUCAGGUUUAAAACACAUUUCUGAAAUUAAGGACGACACCAACAAGGAUGUUGUACCACUUAGGAAAACUAUGAUGUGCGCAGCACUUAAUCUUUAUGCUGAUCAAUUAAUAAACAAAUCAACAGAUCAAUGUCCUUUAGAUAAUAAAAAAUUGGAAGAAGCAAUAAAAUACGCUUUUGAAGAAGGUAAUGCCACUAUUAAGAAGGGAAAAUCUUCAUGCACCACUCAGGGCAAUAAUUCUUGUUUUGUUUGCAAUAGGCAAGACAAAAACGAUUUUGCCAAUUGCCAAAUUGGCAGCAAUUCCACUGACAAAGUAGGGAAGAAAAUGACCGAACUCCUCCUCGAGCAAGACAAAACCAACUCCAAAACCAAAUCUAACACCCCUAACAUGACCAAAACACUAGAGGAAAUAAAUAAAAUAGAAUCAUUCUGUACUCAAGUCCAAUGUGCUAUCAAACAGCACUACAGGAAAACCCCAAAUGCAAAAGCACUUCCAAAUGGAACACCAUCUUGGGAUGACAUCCUAAGUGACGCCAAGGAUGAAUUAUCGAAACUUCUACAACAAAUGACGGAAGGUCAAACUAAAGGGAACCUUGCCAAAUAUUGCAAUGACAAGGACGCUAAAUGGAAUACUUUACGCACUAAAGAAAAACAAACAAAUAGAGCAGCUUGUUUGCUUUUUGCUUCAGGACUUCAGCACAUUUAUAAGCAAAAGAAGGGCCAGUUUAAUGGCCCAUCGUUUGGACAAACGAUGGGUUGUUUAUUUCUUAAAGAAUAUGCAAAACAAUUAAAAGAAAUGGCAUUAAAACAAAAAGAUUAUAAGGUACAUCCUCGAUGUAGCGUAGAUGGUGGCAUAGAUCACGCUUUUGAAAAGAGUGGUAACAUUAUGAAUGCAUCAUCUCAAUGCAAGAACAAUGUUCCUAAUUCUUGUUUCGAAUGCAAAUUAAAAGAAGGUUAUGAUGAUUGCAAAAUUGGUUCUGACAGUGUAAAGACCAAAGUGAAACCAAUGCUAAAAGACGAUAUAGCGAACAAAGAACAUAUGGAAAAAACAUUAGAGAAUACACUUUGUCCCAUCCUUCCUAUGGAUUUUCUUACCCCUUUUCUUCCUUUGGCUCCUGUCUCUAUUGGCCUUUCUGCUAUGGCUUAUUAUCUUUGGAAGUAUUUUGGUCCUCUUGGUAAAGGAGGACCACGUUUCAGAAGAUCUCCUGCUGAAAUUCCGGGUCCAUCCGUACAAGAACAAGUCCUUGAUCAUGUGCAGCAAGAUAGUUCACAUGAAUAUCAAUUGGUGAAGGAACGAAAACCUCCCUCUGUUCCAGCGAGAACAAAACGUUCUGGUCGCGUGAAUCGUCGAACGAUUAUUGAAAUUCAUUUUGAAGUGUUGGAUGAAUGUCAAAAAGGCGACACACAAUUGAACCAGAAGGAUUUUCUGGAACUUUUGGUUCAAGAGUUCAUGGGAUCCGAAUUAAUGGAAGAAGAACAGGUUCCUAAGGAAGAAGUUCUUAUGGAAGGUGUUCCUAUGGAAAGUAUUCCUUUGGAGCAGGUUCCAAUGGAACGUGUUCCAAGUUUAGGUUCCGGGUUUAUGGUUUAA